AUGUGUCGCCCAUGUUCCAAGUUACUCGUUCAACCAGAAUCGGAGGAGCAAAGUCAACGUGAGCAUCAAUGUACUUGGAUAGAAUGGCUUUUUGGGAUUGAUUCACCUCAACAACAUUUUGAGUUAUCUGAAACAUUAAAAAGCUCGAUUGAUGCGAAUUGGACUAGAAUAGUUUCACAAGUAACAGAAUCUCAUCAUAGUCAGAAUUUUAUACCGACAUCGUCGCCGAGAAAACAAAAAUCAAAACGUCAUAGAAAACAGUAUGUUCGAUAUGAUAAAAAUGACACAUACAAGCCACAACAAACACGUAAAACUGGAAAACCAAAUGUAAAACGUCAAUUAUGA